GGGGGUGGGCCGGUGCUGGGCCGCUGGGACCGGGACCUUUGAGACGACGCCUGGCGUUCCCCGCGCCUCGUUUAUGAAGCGCCUCCCGAAGCCGGGCCCUGGGAUGCAGCCCGGAAGUGACGGACUCGGUCCCCCUUCAAGGAGCGCACAGCCCGGGACGCGAGACGCUCCCGGUGACUGCCGAGUGUGACUAGGGCCGAGAAGGAGCCCGUGUAAUAGAGUCCAGCUCGGAGUCGCUGCUAAAUGGACUCCUGACAGCGGGCUGUAGGGAGGAAGGAACUGGGUCGGUGGCCCCUGUCCCAGAGGCAGAGCGGGGGGCGGCGCGGGACGGCCUUUGCGGCCGCGGAGAGCGAGGUCCGGAGCGGAGCCCGGCCGAGAGGGGAGCGCGGUUCUCCCUCAAAUCAAUAAGUAGACAUAUCCCCAGAAUCCUGCUUAUCUAGGAAAUGCAGUUAACACAUCAGCUGGACCUAUUUCCGGAAUGCAGGGUGACCCUUCUGUUAUUUAAAGAUGUAAAAAAUGCUGGAGACUUGAGAAAAAAGGCCAUGGAAGGUGCUAUUGAUAGUUCAUUGAUAAACCCUACAGUGAUUGUCGAUCCAUUUCAGAUACUUGUGGCAGCAAACAAAGCAGUUCAUCUCUACAAACUAGGAAAAAUGAAGACGAGAACUCUGUCUACUGAAAUUAUUUUCAACCUGUCCCCAAAUAACAAUAUUUCAGAGGCUUUGAAAAAAUUCGGUAUCUCAGCAAAUGACACUUCAGUUCUAAUUGUUUACAUUGAAGAUGGAGAAAAACAAAUAGAUAAAGAAGACCUGAUAGCUAAGGUAGAAGGUCAGCAAGUUUCCCUGAAAAAUCUUCCUGAAAUAACAAAUAUUACAGAAGUCAAAAAGAUAUAUAAACUAUCUUCACAAGAAGAAAGGAUUGGGACAUUAUUGGAUGCUGUCAUUUGUAGAAUGUCAACAAAAGAUGUUUUGUGAAAUGUCAGAAACAUUAAAAAUGUUCAGCAUUUAUAAAAAA